UUGUCCUACUAGAUGGGAUAAAAGGAGUAUUGGAGUGGCAUAAGGGUGUCAUUGGAUCUUCUUAUAAUCAGCUGGCAGUCAUAUGGUUCCGGUGUCUAUGGGGGAGGAAGGUUUGCAGAGAUCACAGUUGUUUAUGUCAAAAAAUUGUGGCCAAGACUGAGAGAUGACUUGAGAGGAUGAUCAUCACUGCCAUGGACAACCAGGUCGAGAACUACCAGGAAAUAGAAGCUGAUGAAGUACACUUUCUGGAGAGUAUAGGAAAAGGAUCAUUUGGGGUUGUUUACAAGGCAUUGUGGAGAGGCCUGACUGUAGCAGUGAAGAAAGUGGAGACAGAGUCUGAGGUUAACGCUUUUUACAAUGAGGUGCAACAGCUGGCUCGGGUACAGCACGAGAACAUCAUCUACCUCUACGGUGCCUGCGUGUCUGAUAUUCACAAGUGUCUCGUCAUUGAAUUUGCAGAUGGGGGAUCACUGUAUCACUUGUUGCACAAUUCACCCAACACAGAGUAUAACCUGGCACAUGGAAUAUCCUGGUUAUUACAAUGUGCCAGAGCCGUGUCCUACCUCCACGCCAUACAGCCGAGACCUUUAUUACACAGGGACCUCAAACCCCCUAAUUUGCUCCUGACCAAAGAGGCCAAAAUUCUCAAAGUAUGUGAUUUUGGGACAGCGUGUGAACUAAGCACCAUAAUGUCCGACAACCGAGGAUCUGCUGCCUGGAUGGCGCCAGAAGUGUUUGAAGGUAAAUUGUACACAGAAAAAUGUGAUGUAUAUAGUUGGGGAAUCAUCCUCUGGGAGGUGAUGACCCGUCGUGUACCGUUUGAAGAUCUUGGAUUGGCCGUUCGCAUCAUGUGGGCGGUGCACCAGAAACAGCGACCGCCACUUGUAACCGGCUGUCCAAAGUUACUAGAAAAUUUAAUGAAACGAUGUUGGGACCACAACCAAGCUCGUAGGCCGCGUAUGGAAGAGGUGGUGGAGAAGAUAUCUUUCAUCGUACGCUUCCUGAAGGGUGCCGACGAACCUAUAAAUAAUCCCCCAUCAGAUGAUUCCAUGACGGAUUCGUAUCGAUCUCCGUGUAUUGGCUCUAGUGCGGGUCACACCAGCCGGGACGUGAGUGAGUUCACCUGCAGUACGAAUGACAUCACCAGCGACCCUUGUGGUCAUGGGAAAAUUCAGACUAACAAUAUUGGUCUGUCAACGCUCCAUAAUGAGGAUGCCUCAACAUGGGGCAGUUCAGGGAGUGAGGGAACAUAUCCUGUCAGGGACACGGGUGACGGCUGCUCUCCCCCUCAGGGUCCUCCAGCACCUGCCAUAAGCCCAAAUGUGUCUAGCACUGUAGUGGUGACCGGAGAAAUGGGAUCUCCCUGGAGCACGGCGCCCAGCGAUGACCUGGAGAAGCACAUGCUUCCUCUGGCUAUUACCAUACCCAACGCAGAACCCCCACCUCGCUCAGAUAUAAUAUUUGCUCCUCCUCGAGCCCCAACAAUUUCACUCCAGCCAAGUGUCAAUGUACCUGCACCUAUAGGCUCAAUAGAAGGCAUUAGUCCUUCGGCUGUCCCAAUGCGUCAGCAUCUCACCCCGUCUGAUCCAAAUGCUCACUUGCGAAGACGUUCUGCAGAAGUGACCCCACAGCCCACGUCCUACAGAGAGGGUGGUCAUCAUGGUCACAGGCGGUCGUCGUCUUUUGGGACCCCCGGGGUGAAGCCUGGGGAGGGAGGAGGGAUGAAGGGUGAGGAGGCCACACCCUCCCUCCUCUCCUCCACCUCCCACCCUGCCAACCUCCACAUGCCGCAUUACCAGAUAGAUCCUUCCAUGAGGGCUCCUGGCGGGAGCUUGGGCGGGGUGGAGAGCGCCCUAAGGUUCCCAGACAUGCCCCUACCACCGACGCCCACGCCCUCACCUGGCCCCACGCCCACGCUCUCACCCGCCCCUACGUCGUCCGCCAUACCUUCCUGGUUGCCCUACACGCUCUACGGUCCUGAGCCUGGUGGUGGGAGUCACAAUGGUGAAGGUGGCGGUGGAGGCACGGAGGGAGGCGGAGGCGGGACAGACGAGGAGGAGCUGGGAGCCUUCUGGGACCUGCUAGACAACGAGAUCCGUCCUAUCAAGCCGCUGCCUUCCUGCCCUGAGUCACAAAAGAUCUUCUCCGAGCACAAAGAGAUGGCACGGAAAUACUUAGUCCUACAACAAGAGAUCUUCAACCUCCGGAAGCGCAAGAGCGUCCUCGAGAAUAAACUAUCCCAAGCUGAAAAACUGGAACAGAUAGGAAAUCAGCGUUACCAAGAUAAGAUCAGAGAACUGGAAAGUAAAAGGGAAAAUCUGCGUCACACUCAUAGCAGACUCAGACAACAGUUGGAGCAGAUUCGCACUCGACAAGAGCAGCAGCAGAAACGACAGCAGCAGCAGGAUGAUGGUAAUGGAGGAGACCUCGAUCAUCACCUCCCUCUGGCUCCUCCCUGAUGCACCACUGCUACUUGGGUUACCCACUCAUGCUGUGAUCUGUGACAAAUUGUGUAGAAUGCAGGUUAAGAUGGAUGCAUUGUGUGCAUCUGUGAAUGAUUUCUCUUCUAAGAUAGAGAACUGUCAAAUCUCACAUGAUAUAUUUUUAUCAACCACAGACAAUAGUGCAAGUCAUCCCUCAAACUGGAAAUGGGUGGAAAGAACAAUUUUUGAACAUUGUGAGAGUUGAAUUUGCUCUCCAAAAUAAGUUUGAAGUUUAGUGGAUUAUGUUUGCAGGUCCACACAAGUGAAGUGUCUGGUAGUUAGUGAAGGAAAACUUACUUAUUUUAAACUGAAAUGUUCAUUAUUUAGAUCAGUUAAUCAGUGAUAAUACAGUAGCAUUACACUAUCUAGUAAUUUCAUUUUCUUUUCUCAUUUGAAGGUUUUUGACAACCAACAGUUUUAAGGUUCAUUAAUAACAAUGAGUACAGUACUGUAUCCACUUGUGCAUUUUGUAGUUACAAGACAUUCUGGUCUUGGAUUAUGUUUUGUAAACUUUUAUGCAUCUGUAACAGGAAAGUAAUCAGGUUUCAAGUAGAGCUUCAAGGAUUAAAUGAUCACAGCUAAAAGAAGCUUUCGUGGUGACAGACUUCAGGAGUUAAGCUCACCAUAGAUGGUCCAAGAUAAUGCUAAACCUCUUAUUACCUUCAUCUCCUUGAGCAAGAUUUAUAUACUUGUGUAAGGAAGUGUUGUUUUAUUGUUUCAUUAAUGAUGGUCACUUAUUCCACUGAACUUACAGGAAAAUACGAAUUCACAGUGCAUUUAAGUACUACUGUAUAGCUGGUAUUUCACGAGUUGGCGUAUGGCAGUUGAAGGACUUGUGUGUGUCAUGUGUGACUGUGCCUUGGAUGUGUUCAUGCUGUUUUAUAAUAAGUAAAUAAAUUUUUUUAAGACAGUACCUUUAACGAUUUAGAUGGUUUAAUAUAUAGCAGCAUUAAUAUAUUUGUUGUAAUAUAUGUAAAUAUAAAUAUGUAUUUUGUAUGUUUAUUAAGAGUAAAAAUUUUAAUCCUU